AUGGCCAUUGUGGACAACCAACUUGGAGACACGCAGCUGUAUCCUGAUCAACCUGGUGCCGGUGAGUGCACACCACGCAAGAAGGAAGCAGUGGAUCAGGACGCUGUGGCAGAGACAGUUGAAGUUAAAGACAGCCAAGACGGUUUGCCCCCUGCAGAAGCUGCUGCAGAAAGUGGAGGUGAAGAGCAGCCUGAUCAGGAAGCGGAAAAACCCGCUGAGGAAGUGCAACCCGCUGAGGAAGCGGCGCCAUCCGCUCCAAGUGCAGCCUCAGGACUGGCAGGCCAGGAGCCCAUGCCUGUUGAGCAGUUCGACUGGUCCACUUUGAAGAAGUUACCAGCCAACUACUGUGGAAGUUGCCGAAUGCCAGUGGAAGCAGAUCCCACCAAGAGGGUCACCAAGAAAGGGCAUGCAACGCUGAGUUGCAAGACGUGCCACAACGUCACGACAAUGCUUUACAAGCGCACCAACAUGCAGACCGUGGGCUUCAAGGACAUUCCACCUGCACAGGCUGCUGACUUCUUUCAGAAAGCUGGCCAGCUCUCUGAGAAGUACGGCAAACUGGAAUGGUCUCACCUCAAGGGACUGUUGCAGGACAAGCUGGUGGAGCAGGAGGUGCACAGGCAGACUGUUGCUGUGCGUGGCAAAUUUCUGCCGUUGUCUGUUUGGGAGCAGAAGGGCUUCGACACAGAUCGCAUUAAGCAGAAUGCCGAGAAGCAGAGAAGUGACAUCUUCGAUUGGGUUUACCGUGUGCCCAUCCUCGAGAUCAGCCACGAGAAAGUCACUGAAGAGGUGCGUCAGCGCUUGCUACAAGCUGAGCGCAAGGUGGGAAAGCGCAAAGCCAGCCAGCAAAUGGAAGACGAAGACGUUGUGGACUUGGAGGUUGACACGAAGGACUGGGACUCCAUCUCCUCAGAUGAUGGUUCUGGUGGGUCCAAAUCGAAGCCUAGAAAGGCAUGUGCACCCAAGGCAAAGAGCAAGACGAAGAAGGUGCCCCAGGAAAAGAAGGAUGAAGCCAAGAAGGCCAAUGCGGUGGUCCUUGGAAAUGCCAGGAAGGCUAUCAGGUUGUUGGAUCCUGUGGCCAAAGAAGCCAAAAAGGCUUGCAAGGACGUGAACUGCACGGAUGAGCUCAAAGCGGAGAUGGCCACUUCGGAGGGCAAGAUCUUGGAAGACAUCAGCUUGACGGUGCAGCAGGUGAAGGAGCUCGAUGCCAUGGUGAAGGGCAAGGCAUCGGCGGUCGUCGACUUGGCCAAGAUCUUGUCCAACAUGGGCGACGGAGCGGUGCAGAAGCUUGCUGAGGCGGCUGCCAGACGAGCCAAUGUGCCGUGGAUUUGCGGCUCUAGGCCCAUGGAUUUCAGCUUGUUGGAAAAGCACAUGGCGUUUGGAGGACAAGGACAUUGGCAAGUGGAGGAGACUGGUGGUGCGUCAUUAGCAGGUGACACUUGGGGAGCAAGCGCAAAUCGUGAAGAUGACCGUAUGGGGGGUAGUGACAAAAUCAGCGUGCCUGAAUUCUCAGGUGAAGAUGACAAAGAUGGCAUGGUGACCCGUGGCUAUCUUCGCAAGGUGGCAGCUUGGAGAAGAAUGACAAGGUUGAGGCCAAACAAACAGGCGCUGGCCUUGUACAACAACCUCACCGGCAGGGCAUGGAGGGAUGCUGAGGAGCUCGACUUAGCCUUGUUGGAUAGUGUGAACGGGGUUGAUGUCUUCACUCAAUGGGUUUCCGAGAAGUACCUGGACAAGGAGGUUGUCAAGGUUGGCAAAUGUAUGUUGGAGUUUUUCAAGCACCUCAAGAAGGGGUAUGGCCAGGAGAUUCGCGACUUCAACCAGGAGUAUGACAGGCAGGUCUCACGUCUUAAAGAAGUUGGUUGUAGCCUCCCUGACUUGUGCUUGGCUUGGCUCUAUGUGGACAAGCUCCGUCUUGAGAAUGGGGCGGAACUCAACCUCUUGUCUUCUACUGGAAAUAAGUAUGAACUCUCCAAGCUCCAAGAUGCUGCUGUGAUCCAAGAUCGCAUGAACCGCCGUCUUUGGGAACCUCGAAAGUACGGGGACAAGGACAAAAAGGGUUCACACCAUGCCCAUGUCACUGAGAACGCGGAGGCAGAGGAGGAUGACGAGGGCGACAUGUCGGAAGGUGAAGAUGAGAUGUUCCCUGAAAGCGACGAGGAGACCCAGGAGGCCUAUGUCACCUUUCAGAACGCCAAGUCCAAGUACCAGGCGCUGCUCAAAUCUCGGGGCACUGCGACGAAUCAGACCAGCAAGGAGGAUCGAAUCAAACAGGCCAAAGCCCGUUCAUACUGCUCAGCAUGCAAGCGUCGAGGCCAUUGGCAUCGAGAUCCAGAGUGUCCACUUUACAAGGGCAACAAAGGUCCUGCUCAACCUGCUCAGGUGUCUCAUGUUUGUGAGGUUUUUCAUGCUGGUCGCACCGAGACUGCCGAGAUUGUUGCGAUCACCGACAGUGCCUGCAGCCGUUCUGUGGCUGGAAGUGAGCGGAUCAAGCGCCUUCGUGAGAAUGCAUUGGCCAAAGGCCAUCACUUUGAAGUAGUCCCACAACAUGAGCAAUUCAAGUUUGGUGGAGACAAACUGUUUCUGUCGAAGAAAGCUUGGUGUUUUUGGCUGAACAUAUGUGGAAAGUGGUUUAUUUUGAAGGUGUCUGAAUUAGAUACCGAUGUGCCUUUGCUUUUGAGCCGCCCAGCAUUGGCUCAGUUGGGCAUGCGAUACGACUUGCCAGCCAACAUGGCAUCCUUUGAAGCACUCAAUUUGACUGAGGUGCCUUUGCAAACCACUUUGACCGGCCUCCCAGCUGUGCCGGUUGCUUCCAGUUCUAGCCCUGCCCCACGAUGGCCAAAGGGCAUCAAGUGGGACCUAGUUGAGAUCUUUGUACCGUCCGAGAAGGUGGCAUACAUGGUGCGUCAUGCGGGUGAUGUUGUGGAAGCCCCCAAGAAGCUGUUCUACCCCAAGAAGAUGGUGAUGUCCAAACCUGUUUCAGUAUGGAAGAUGCGGCGUGCGGAGCUUCUAGAAGCCUUGAUCGACAUGAACGUGAAGUACGACCCAAGCAUGACAGUGCCGGAGCUGAGGUCGAUCUACAUGGAGGCCCGUGGACCUCAAGGGAAAACUGGUUUGGGGUUGACAAAGUGCAGCGUCGACCAACUGAAGGAGCGGUGCUUGGAGGAGGGAUUGGAGAUACCACCAAAAGCCACACAGGGUCUUCUGAUGAGGAUGCUGCGCUACAGUAUGGAGACCACGGGAGACAGCGAGGUGACCUUCGGGCAGUACAAGAACUACUUGUUCAAGGAGGUGCCGAAGGACUACUUGGAGUGGGCCAUCACGGAAUGGAGCACGUCCAACCAGUGCAGCCCCGACCUGGCUCGUCUGGCUCGAUGGGCCGACCGUCAAAAGCAGGGAGUGGGCCGCGCUCAGGGCUACGGAGCCAAGUCCUCGAAGGACCCGGAGCUGACGGCAAAGACCAAACCACCCCCUGUGGUCCACAACGUUCGUCCUCGUGCACAGCCCAAGGAGAAGAACGUGACACCGGCGCGAAGAUCAAAGACCAGGCCUUUGGAGGAAUCCGACGAUUUCUCUAUGGUGUCUUCGGUGGACGGCCCCAUGUCUACAGAGGAGGAAAUUCACGAGCUGCAGGGACGGAAGUUUGGAGAGUCAGUGAAAACGAGUGACUAUGAGAAUGUGGACGUCUUCGGCAAGAGCACCGACCUCAAAGAUGUGGGGGGAUCAUCACUGGCCUAUGUGACUGAGAAUAACAAGGUUUCAAGCUAUGAGGUGGGCAGGGUUCCACACUAUGAGGAUGAGUAUAACCUGGCCGCUGAUGAGCCCUACGGCAAACAUGUCCCUGAGGCGAUGGAGUUCCAGCUCAUCUACGGUGGUGACUACAAGGAAACCCGGAAGCUGUUAAAAGAUGAGAUGCGCUGCAAUGUCAAGAAGAAGGUGAAGUCAUGGGUGGCCAAAGUCAUGAUUGCUUUGGCAACUUUGGUCGCUGUAUGGGCGUUUCCUUUGCACGCUCCUGCACCUCACCUCAUUCCCAAUGCUGAGGAUGUGACGAACUCCAACACCACGGAUCACUGCCGUGAAUUCCCUUGGAUGGAGCCGCCUCGCACCAAGUGGAGCACGUGGCAAUGUUUAGACCGUAUCUACACCUACGAGUUCUGCGGAGCUUUGGGGGAAUGCCACAAGUCCGAGAUUGUGCCCAGAUGUUGGACGUCCUUUCCUGCUAUUGGAGAUGGGGAGCUCAGCGAUGCCCAUGAACCUAGUACACCUUUGCAGGGAUCAGAUAUCUUCGUGGAUGGUAGUGGAAACGACAUCAAGGACAUCUUCGACCUCCAGAACAUGCAUGGCAUCUUCGUCUUGCAGGCCUUGGGAUGGAGGGGCAUGAGUUGCUGGUUUUACCAUUGUCCAGCGAACCUCUGUGCAAUGAUGCGGUGA